AUAUAUUAUGCGUUAGACCCAACGUUAGAUCUUCUUUGUUUUCAUCAAUACAGUUUUAUCUGUAGUCUGUUUCAGAGUCAUUGUAUAAACAAUGGGAUCAAGGUCCCGAUCCCGUAGUAGUAGUCCAACUAGGGUUGAUCAGUUUGGGCGCGUUCUUCCUAAACAUCGUAGUCGAAGCAGGGACAGAGAAAGAUCCAGGAGUGUAAGGAGCAACUCCCGGAGUGUAAAGAGUAGCUCCCGAAGGAGUCGAAGUCCUUACAGGGGAGGCAGGAGCUCAAGAAGUCGUCGCAGCAGGAGUCCAAAGCCAGUGCUAAAGAGAAAUAUUCCUAAAAGCAAGCGACGGGUCUUCAAAAGGGACAGUCAUGACAGACUGGUGUCUGUUUCACCAUCUUCAUCCUCGUCUAGAUCACCUUCACCCCCUCAAUUCCCACGGUAUGACGUUUCAAAAAGUCCAACAAAUGAAACCAAUGUGAAUGAUCCAGACCUGAUGAAAUCCCGAGUUUUUAUCGGAAAUUUGCCGUAUGACAAAAUAACAAAGGCUGAAAUGGAAGAAAUCUUUUCUAAAUAUGGAAAGAUUCUAGGUAUAUCGAUCCACGAGCGGGGUUUUGGGUUUGUCCAGUUUGAGAAGGAAGAGGACGGACUGAGGGCAGUUGAAGUUGAGAACGGGGGAUUGCUGAAAGGGAAGAGAAUCGACGUCAAGAUGGCAAUGACUGGUAGGAGAUCAGGCCCGCCCAAGCCACAAGGACCUGGAGGACGAUCACCACCCCCUGCAGGCUAUGAACGGGACCGUGACAGAGGCUAUCCACCACCACCAGGUGGCAGAGCCCUCCCUCCGGAACGGGAGAGGUCACCGUUGAGAGGCGACCCCUAUGAUGACCGGUACAGAGAUCCGUACAGGGAUUCUGCAUUGCCUCUGCCUCCUGUCAGGAGAGAUGACCCUUACUAUGACCGUGACCCCUACAGACGCCCGCCCCCUCCAGAUGACCCCUAUUUUGACAGAUACAGAGAUGAUCCUUACAGAGUACCAAGAAGAGAUCCUUACGCUGACCCUUACAGAGAUCCGUAUUUUAGAGAUCCAUACCCUCCUCCAGCUGCAUAUGACCCACCACCGCCACCACCACCAAAAAGACAACUUCCCAUUGACUGUGAAGUCAUCAUCCUCAACUCACAACUUAAGAAUUAUGCAGAGUUUUUAGAGCGAAAGUUGAAGGGAAUUUCCUUGUUUUCCAAAACUGUCGUGAUUGCUGAGGAUCGGACGAUCCCACAGAUGAUAGAGGAUGCUACAAAACGUAAUGUUUUGUUUGCAAUUGUUGUGAACAGCCAAAACGAGGUGCACCAGUCUUUAACCCUAAACAUACUCCAUGGGACGCCGCAAGAACACAGAAAUAUGCCAGUAGAUGACGCCAUUACAUUGAUCAAUCGGAGUUUUGAUCAGUACACCAAAACGACCCGAGAGAAGGCUGCUACGGCUAUGCCUGCUGCUCCCGCGGCACCCGCACCUGCCGCCCCAGCUCCUGCUGCCCCUGCUGCAAGGAGUUCUGCCCCUUUUGUACCCCCUAGCUCAGAUUUAUUAUAUCUGUUGAAUCUCCUGGCCGACAGUAGACAGUUGACAGUGGAAGAGCUAGAUAAAGUUAUUGUAUAUCUGAAAGAAAGACGAGAGAAGCAAAUGGUAGCAGAAGGCCGUCAUUUGCCCGCCAUGGAAGAUGUCCGAGGAAUUUUUGGAGGAGAACAGAGAAAGGAAGAAUCUGCCUCUUUACAGAGGGAGCAGCAAGAACUACAGGCUAAGAUCCUGAGUAUCCUUAAUGGCCCAGGGGAAACAGGCCAAGCAGCAGGGUUGGCCAAGGUUCCUCAACGUCCUGGUCAUCCAGGACAGCAUAUGGGCAAUGGCACUCCACAGCAAGGUGGACAGCCAGGCAUGUCAUCCCUCAUCAAUUUUGACAGUCCCAGUGUUCAGAAAGCACUUGACAACCUCAUUCAGAGUGGGCCAAACUUGUUGAAGACCAUUUCAACUCCCCAGGGGCCAACAAUGACGCAACGUGCCCCACUGAUGUCACGUCCUGAACACACCCAGCAGCAAGGUUUAUUGCCACGUGAUUCCUUUAGUAGUAUGGCUGGAGUGAUGAACAGUGCCCACCCUGCUGGAGUACCACCCCAGCAGAGACCUCAGUUUGGUCAGCCGAUGGGCAUGCCAGGAGUAGCACCUAGACAGGCACCGCCUCCACCUGGCAGAAGGCCAUUUUGAAGUAUAAGAACACUGUCUAGUCUUUGAUUGUAAUCAUUCUCAUUCAUACUCGAUGCCAUAAUUGUCAUUACUGCUUAGUAGUUCUCAAUUUUCACAGUGGAUGUUUUAUUGAUAACAGAUGCUGAUGUUAAUAUUUGUGUACAUGUAAUUAUAUUCAUUGUUCAUCAAUAAUGUAACUUGACAGGUAUUUUAAAGACAUUUAAGAAAAUCAUGGCUUCAUUUCAAAUUUUUUAAUGCACAUAAUGUGGCAUUAUUUUAUGUACAUGCUGAUGUGAAGUUGUUUUACCAGUUCUUGUCGAAUGAUGAUUGGACACUGUAUGAAAGUUUCAGGUGUGUAAAAGGAAAAAAAUAAAAAAUAUUUGACGUACAAGA